GAUCUUUUAGCGCGCAUCACUUUAUAUAGGUCGGUCGUUCUGGAUUGUGGCUAAGUUCCUUCUCGUUUACAUUUAACUAAAAGUUUUGUUCAUAUCUGUUUUUAAAAAAUAAAUGUGUAGGUUGUCUUUCUCGCAAAAAUAACAUUUUUCUCAUUAAAAAAAGUUCAUUGAAUCGAGAUGACUACACCGGAGAAUCAUGCAGUUAGGAAAGGUUUCAACUUGCAAGAGAUUCAUUCGCUUCUCAGUUUGCUGUCGGAGGAAUCUAGUCAGUCACAAACUUUUGAACAGCUUGCAAACGCUUUUAAGCAGCAGUUCCCAAAUAAAAUGGACAACUUCCAUUUCAAAGUCGGACUGGCCCUCGUGACAAUGCUUAAGAGUGUGGACCUUUUGAAGCAUGGCUCUGAACGACUCUUCAUCAUGUACUUGCUCGUCGACUUCUACUCAUCCGACCCCAUCUCACUCAAUCCUUUCCUCCCUGUCAUCAUUAAACAAUUGUCAGAUGAUGCUGUGCCAACGAAUCUUUCAGCAUCAGAGAAGUAUUUCCUGUCACAACUGAUCACCUCUCCAAUAAAAGAACUCUCCAAGAAAACUCCCUCUCAAGUCUUACAGAUGGACGUCUCCAUGCUGCCGCCAAUCGAAAUCACCGGCCUACAACUUAUAGUAACUGAAAACCAAUCAGAAAUGCCGAUACAUACCAGAUCAUACAUACCUUGCAUUGUGCCACAACCUGAUAUCAAGCCAAUGAAUGUGGAAGGGUUGCACAAACCUGGACAAACAGAUGCCGACAUUCAAAGACAGACACUUGAGGCCAUAAUGGAGCAGAACAAUUCUUUCUUUGAUUGGUCGGUUGGUCCUGAGUUCAUCACUUUAAUCCCGCCUCUCCACACGGCUCUUGAUGAAGAAUUAUCCUGGCUGCAGUUGCCAGCGUCAGAACACCAGUUACAUUGGGACCAAGCGAUGCUGCAGUCCACAACCGCCCUGAAUGAUGAAGGCCACAAAUUGCUGCUGAAGGCCAUCUCUGGACCUCUCUCCAUCCAGCAGCAACACCAACUCCAACAAUUCAUAAACAGGAAUCCAAAACUCGUCCACCAUGUUGGCCUAACUGCUGCAAAGUUGCCUGAUCUGGUAGAGCACAACCCUCUUGUGGCAGUUGAAGUCCUCUACAGACUGAUGCAGGCAGGUCACCAGAUAUCUGAUUACUUUGGAGUUCUAGUCAACAUGGAGGUCUCUUUGCAUUCCAUGGAGGUCGUCAACAGACUGACCACUGUCUGUGACUUGCCAACAGAGUUCAUCCACCUGUACAUUUCCAACUGCAUAUCGACCUGCGACACCACCAAGGAUAAGUAUCUUCAGUGCAGGUACGUACGGCUCGUCUGUGUUUUUCUUCAGUCACUUAUAAGAAACAAGGUCAUCGACAUAAGGGACAUCUUCAUAGAGGUUCAGGCAUUCUGCAUCGAGUUCAGCAAGAUCAGAGAAGCCGGCGCUCUCUUUCGCCUCCUGAAAACCUUGGAGGGGUCUGACCAGUUGAAUCAAAACGCUUCUUCGAGUGAGAAACAACCGACCAAUCGUUAACCAAAUGUAUUAUAAAUUUUUAUUGUUUUUCAUCGAUAUUUUUUCACAGUUAAAUAAACUUUCAAACUGCUACUUGCUUUCCUCACACUAUCAUUGCACGCGUUGAGCAGAUGCGUCGCUUUCGUCAACGAUGUAGAGUCGGAAGCACGAAAAAACUCUCGCUAUGUGUCGAAACAAACAUUUUAGUAACGAUUGAUUCCAUCAUAAAUAACAAUGUUAUUACACAGCAACAGCAGUAAUAGUAAAUGUUAAGUCAAAAGAAUUUUAAAACUCACAAUGCUGUUAAGCAUAUUUAAUCAAUCAAAAUCAAAUCAAAAAUACUUUUUAUUUACCAGAACAAUUGGUUUUCUAAUAUUAAAAAUUUCAUGUGAACAGACUUAAAUUAUUGAAUGUAUGUAUGUAUCAAAUCAAAUCAAAAAUACUUUUUAUUUACCAGAACAAAACAAACAAUAAGAAAGUUCGAAUAACUUUCUGGCUUGGAGAUCAACAUUAAGCGAACUAAUCUAAUAUGUGAAUAUAUAAUUAAAAAUUUGAGCCUUUUUUAAAUAAAAUCAAUUUGAUUUUACACGCCAUCUAACCCGCCGACAAAACUUUUAGUUGGACAAAGAUUCAAAUAACUCUGAAGAUUUACUAUUUUCAUUUUGUUUCUCGCCUUUACUUAAUUUACCAGCAGGAGUAACUUGUAACGCCAAUUCAUUAAUCGGAAACUAAUUUACGAACCUAUAUCAACCUAGACAUAAAAAUGAAUGAAAAUGAAAUGAAUUAAAAUAUGUAAAAUUGUUAACGCUAUAGAACUCUCUGAGUUUUUGAAAACUUGUCUGCCUAUCUUUACAUGCACUAACCUACUCUACUACUAAUUAAGAAAUGAGGUUUCAUAAACGAAAUAUUAUUAACACAAACAACAUUUUUAUAAAAUUAAAGUACAUGAAGCGUUGUCCAACUCAGCCAUGAUAAGAAAGUUGAAAACUUGACGAGAGAAUUCCAACUUGUGUUAAACAUAGGUCUCCAGUAGCAGAAACAAACUUGUGGUUCAUCAUUUUCACUUGAUUUGCAAGGUAAUGAGUUGCAUUGAAUGAAGUGACAACCCCUUUAUAUUAUCGGCCAAUAUUCAAUCCCUUUGCCAAAAAACCCGCAAUGGACCACCACAAUGCAUGACGACGAUAAACCAGAUGCACGAAUGAUGUCAUGUCGCCUAGCAACUCGAGAAAAUUUAUGCACGGAUCAUUCGAAGAAAUUAUUCACG